GCCAGCUCGCCUUGGCUGCCAAUGUUUCACUGGAGCAAGUGGAAGAAAAGGAUGGGAGCGUCCGUCUCGUCCUCUGCGGGCGCCGCGGCUAAGAGGCCGGUGUUCGAUGAGCGCGAGGAUGUGAACUUUGACCACUUCCAGAUCCUCCGAGCAAUUGGCAAGGGGAGUUUUGGAAAGGUGUGCAUUGUCCAGAAGCGAGACACAGAGAAGAUGUAUGCCAUGAAGUACAUGAACAAGCAGCAGUGUGUUGAGAGGGAUGAGGUCCGCAACGUGUUCCGGGAGCUGGAGAUCCUGCAGGACAUUGAGCAUGUCUUCUUGGUGAAUCUUUGGUACUCAUUUCAGGAUGAAGAAGACAUGUUUAUGGUGGUGGAUUUACUCUUAGGGGGGGACUUACGCUACCACCUGCAGCAGAAUGUGCAGUUCACAGAGGAGACGGUAAAGCUCUACAUCUGUGAGAUGGCGCUUGCUCUAGACUACCUGCGAAGCCAACACAUCAUCCACAGAGACGUGAAGCCAGACAACAUCCUCCUGGAUGAGCAAGGACAUGCUCAUCUGAGUGACUUUAACAUUGCAACAAUUAUACGGGAUGGUGAACGAGCAACUGCAUUAGCGGGAACCAAGCCAUACAUGGCUCCAGAGAUCUUCCAUUCCUUUGUCAAUGGAGGGACCGGCUACUCCUUUGAAGUGGAUUGGUGGUCAUUGGGCGUGAUGGCUUAUGAGCUUCUCCGUGGCUGGAGACCCUAUGACAUCCAUUCAAGCAACCCAGUGGAGUCCCUGGUGCAGUUAUUCAGCACUGUGAGUGUCCAAUAUGCCCCAACGUGGUCUCAAGGGAUGGUCAGACUCCUGAGAAAGCUCCUCACCGUGAGUCCGGAGCACCGCUCUUCCAGCCUGGCAGACAUCCAGGCCUCCCCUUACCUGGCUGACGUCAUGUGGGACGAGCUGAACCAGAAGAAGGUGGAGCCUGGCUUCGUCCCAAACAAAGGUCGCCUGCACUGUGACCCCACCUUUGAGCUGGAGGAAAUGAUCCUUGAGUCCAGGCCCCUUCACAAGAAGAAGAAGAGGUUGGCUAAAAACAAGUCUAGAGAUAACAGCAAAGAUAGCUCCCAGUCGGAAAAUGACUAUCUUCAAGAGUGUCUUGAGGCCAUCCAGCAAGACUUUGUGAUUUUUAACAGAGAAAAGCUGAAAAGGAGCCAGGACACAGAUGCACUGGAUGAGGGCAUGUCUGCCCCUGAGGCCACAGAGGAGGCUGAAUUGGAUACAGACACAGACCUGGAGAGCUCCCAUUUCCACAUGUGCAGCUCUGUGUGCCCCUCAGCAGGGAGUAGCUAGGUCUUCUGCUGGGCGGGUGAAAGAGCUCAAGUCCUCUGGCCUCUGGAAUAUAUGAUUCUCAGGUUGCAAGGGUAAAUCUCUGUUUAGAGACAGUGCCCGGAGUGCUGGUGUGGGGAAGGGUGAUGCCUGCGCCUUUUAGAUUAGCUACAGCUGAACUCAGAAUAGCGAUUUUAGCUAACUGAAUUCAUGGAUGUUACCAAACACUAGCAAUGCACACCAGUGGUGAGUUUUCUACACUGAAGGGUGGUCCUUACUGUGCCACACCUGGGGAGCCCAGGAGUGGCCCCAAGACAGCAUGCCUCUGCUGCAGGGGAGCUGCAAGGUCACGAGCCCUUGAACAAGAAGUCCCUGGACAGAUUCCAUUUCCUUAACUCAGUGGCAUCUGAAGGGUCUGGUUCUAUGCUUUCUCAAUGAGAGCAGUUUCACCUGCAUGCACUCAGCCUCCUUCAGGGCUGUCCCACUUAGUGAGAAGGGUUUGUGUUGGCUCGUUUCACUCUCCUUGCUAGGAAGUGCCAGCAGAUUGUGGAUAACCGGCCCCAACUUCUCCUUGGGGUGGGCAGAGGGGCCCAAUUGGUACCAGUUGUACAUACUGCCUUUUCCACUCUUGGAAGCCUUUUCUAGACAGGGCUGGUGACCAGCCUUCUUCUUUCCCCACAUUCCAGCCACAAGUUGCCCAGGCCACUUGGACUUGUGCUGUUCCUCACUUGGCUGAUGCAUCAUCCAUGGCCAGGGUGGGGAAACCACCCUACAGAUGCUGUCUGGGGCAGGGGGAGAGCAGGGAGAGUGAGGAGCUACCAAUUCUUUAUAGCUCCCAUCUCUGGCCAGGCCAUUUGCUCCACUGCUGUAUAGUUUUCACCUUCAUUAAAUUAACUGAUGAGGAAUAAUAAGGGUAU